GUCGAGAAGCCAUAGAGAGAAGACUGCUGCAAGUUGUCUCGCUGUGUCUGUCUAUUAAUUGUCACGCGACCCGCUAGUCUGCUGGCCUGCGAGCUCUACCUGCGACUACCUGUUGUGCGUGUCUUUGCGUGGGAGAAUCCUGUGCUCGCGACAAGAUGUGCCCCUUAUACCCCGUGCACCUGGUGCUGAUGUACGGCUCCCUGCUGGUGUGCGUGUGGGUGGCCGGGCUGGGCACGGUGGUGGGCGCCGUGGCCCGCGCGGCCUCCCUGGGCGUGCGGCUCAACCUCAACAACACGCCCGCCUACGCCCUCAGUGUGCACGAGGGACACCAGGAGACCGUCACCUUCUUCAUCGACGACCUUCCUCCUCAGGCUGCUGGGGACCUUCUGAUCGAGGAAAUACAAAGUGAUCAUUUAGACCACAUAGACAUAUCUCCAAGUAAGAUUCCUGUGGCCGAGGCAGAAUCCCAGGGCCUUUUAGAACGUUCGGAAAACAACACCCUAGAGGGCUCUUUCAACAUCUCUGGGAAGUUCCUGGGCUUCACCAAGAUCAAGUUUGUUCUCAGCAAUGGCAAUGAUGAGGAACUUGUGGAGAGUGAGCCUGUCAGUGUCAAGGUGCAACGUGGCCAACGGGUGCUUGAUAAAAUCUUCAUCCAUGUUGUUAUUGCAAUGGUUAUUGUAGCUUAUAUCAACAUGGGCUGUGCCAUCGACUUACAGGUUAUCAAGCAGACCCUUCGUAAGCCCGUAGCCCCAGCUAUAGGCUUGGCUUCGCAGUACUUAUUUAUGCCAUUGGCCUCGUAUGCCAUUGGCUACGGCUUGUUCGGCAGCGCCCCAGAGAUGUGGUUGGGUCUGUUCUUGACUGGCUGCUCUCCGGGCGGCGGCGGAUCCAACAUGUGGACUUACUUGCUGGACGGUUCCCUCGACCUGUCCGUCACCAUGACCUUCAUCUCGACCGUUGGGGCAUUCCUGGCACUGCCUGCAUGGGUCUAUGCUCUGGCAAGGACUAUCUUCCAAGAUGGACAUUUCUCGAAACUUCCCUACAAGAAUAUUGCAAUGUUGGUGGUUGGCCUUGUGCUGCCUCUGUCCAUUGGCUUGGUGAUCAAGCGCUGCUCUCCUCGGGUUGCGCUCGUCAUGAAGCGCCUUCUGAAGCCCAUCUCCAUUAUCUUCAUUCUGUUCAUGAUGACCUUUGGAGUGUAUGCCAACCUCUACAUUUUUGCUUUCUUCAGCUGGAAGGUUGCUCUUGCUGGCAUUCUACUUCCUUGGCUUGGCUUCCUGUUUGGUGCCGUGGCAUCCCUCGUGUGCAGGCGCAGCUGGGAGGAAGCCAUUGCUAUCAGUAUUGAGACUGGUGUGCAGAAUACAGGCCUGUCCAUAGGCAUCCUCAAGGUUGCCCUUCAGGAAUUUGCUCCGCUGGGAGACAUUACCAUGGUGAUUCCCGUUGCCGUGGCCACCAUGACCCCAAUCCCUCUGACCAUUGCGUACAUCGCCAAGCGCAUCCGAGAGUGCAGGGCCAAGAAAACAACCUAUGAGAUUGAUUGCCCUGAGGAUUAUGAGGAUGACAUGAAAAACCAGCUGCAUCUCUCUCCCUCAUCCACGUCGUCACUCCAUAAGGAUGCCAAUGAUAAUUCAAAAGCUAUUUUGGCUUAAUUUUUUUUCUUUUUGUCGGAUAUGAAAAUUAAGAGGAAGAAGGUAUCAAGAUGCCCGGUGAUUCUUUGAUAUGGUGCAAGAGAAUUUUCAAUUAAAGAAGGUUUUAUUAUUGCAAAUGGUACCUGUCUCUUUUAAUUAUGUAAAUGUAACAUGUAUGUGAAUUUUUACUUUAAAUUAUUUUUGGUACUUAAUAUAUCAUAUUGUCUGUGACUUAAAAAGUCUGAACAUGAAAGAGAUAGAUCAGUUAUGUUUUCAGAGUCUUGUUAAAAUAUUUGUUAAUAUGAUCAAAACUGUUUAGACAGUAUAAAUAUUUGUACAAUAUGUGGUGCCUACAACAGUCUUGUACCAGGUGAACUUAGUGCCAGAGAAAAAAAAAAUUAUUAUUGAUAUAUAACAUUUGCCCUCCAGCGAAGUAGUACACAGUAGAUCAAUAUUUCAGAAGAUGUGUCAAAAUUUAGCAAUUAUUGUUUGCAUAUGUGUGUAUCUUACAUGGACAUACACAUAGCAAACAGCAUUGCCCAUAAUAAUUGUGAAUCUGCUCAGGAUAAAUGGAAACACAUUUUAUCAGAUGAAAAUAUUUUGAUACUGAAAAUUGUAUAUUGCCAUAUUCUUGAUGCAGAGAAACUUAUCUAUUUUGAAAAGAAUAAGAGCAGAUGUAGUGUAUAAUUCAGUUGUAAAAAAAAUGUUUUUGUAUCAGUGUAUCAGUCUAUAAUUUGUAUAAUAAUUUCGGAAUCUCAUAUAUAUAUAUAUAUAUAUAUAUAUAUAU